AUGGAGUUCCAGAAGGGCGAACGCGUUUUCCUCAACUUUGAGACCGGUGGUGUCGAAAAGACGGAGCAAGAGACAGUGCCCGAGCGUACAGUAAUACCAGCCUUUGACUUUGUCGGCGAUAUCCUCGAGCACAAUCCAGCUUCAGCCACCCCACCGGUCGCACCCUCCUUCAAGACGAAUUCAAAUGGCUUCCCAGCUUACAAGAAGCGCACACCAAGAGUCUCGGCCUUCAAACAGCAACGUGCGGCCAAGGAACAGCAAGCCACUGCAGUACCAAAGGCGCAGGACGCUUCGAGUCUACACAAUGCGCCGCCACCACGCGCAAAGUUUGAGCCCGAUGAGGAGAGACGGGCGAUAGACGAGGAGAACCAGCGAAGGUUAGACGCCAUGUCGGAAGAGGAAAUAGAGGAGGAGCGCAGAGAACUCAUGGCGAAUCUCAGUCCUGAGAUGAUACGGAGACUGCUUAUGCGGUCGAGUAUUGAUGACGGGAGCAACGAGCGGCAGCGCUGGCCAGAGGAAGAGCCUGCGACAUCUGAACCUGAACCUGCACUCGAAACACGGCAUGUUGAGCCAGAGCCUGAGCCAGCAACGAAACCGUCGACCUCGAAGAAGGUGUCAUUUGCAGCGCCAGCAACAGAAGACGAUACGCCAGUAAAAGCUUCAGGUACCGCAUCAGACACUGCAACGGACGAGCAAGCCCAUACCUACACCGAAGAGGCGACCGGCUCACUCCACUUCCCAGCGACACCACAACCACCCGACCUCGACCCCAACGACCCCGACUUCCUCAAGAACAUGCACGCUAAAUACUUCCCUUCGCUCGCCUACAACCCUUCCACGCUAUCAUGGAUGACGCCCAUCGACCCCAGCGAUAAGUCGUCGCCCUACCACCCCUCACAAACCGCCCUCGACGCCUCGGAGCUACGCUUCGACUUCAAAGGCACCCUCCUAGCGCCGAGCAUCGCACGCGAGAUACCCAGCGACAGGGGUCUCCACCACCACGCGCACGCGCCCGAAGCUGCCGGCUACACGAUACCCGAGCUUGCGGUGACUGCGAGAAGCGCCGUGCCUGCACAGCGGUGCAUGGCAUACCAGACGCUGGGGCGCAUACUGUACCGAUUGGGGCAAGGGGAAUAUGGUGUCGAGAGACCGCGGCAGGAGACCGACGGGCCGGUGCGGGUAGCGCAGAAUCCAGACGCAGAUGCCGAAGAGGAUGACGAGGCGGACGAGGCGGACGUUGGACACUACAUGGCGGCUGGACUGUGGCAAUGCAUUGAGGACGGCAGGGUUAUCGAGACGCUGACCGAGGAGGCGAGUCGAGAAAAGGGACAUUUGACAGCGCGAACGUUUGCUCAAGAGGCGCUGUGGAAUUGGCGGCGCGGCGGGGGGAGGAAGAGACACGCUGUGUAA